GGACUUCUUUCUUUUAAGACCAAUACAACUUACGUUAGGGAAUUUGGAAUAUAUAGAAAAGCAUAAUGAAGAAAAUUAAAAUCGGUAAUAGCUGCACCACCCGCAAAGGAAGCCAUCAACAACAUGAAAAAACCCACUUAAUGGGAGAACACAUUCACCGAUACAUCUCAUGGGGCACCCCAAUGUUAUUCUCUCAAGAAGCAAGUGUCUAUUUGAUAUUGGAUUUCAAAUACUGAAGAUAUAAUAGCAAAUUGUCACAAGUCUGAACAUUGAAUCUCCUUCUACCACUUAUGUCGUUAGAGCAUCGGUCCCUUAUGACUACCCUGUAAAAACCCCAGAUUAUCAACAAAAAAAGAAUUAGUCAACUACAUGGCAGUUUUGCAAUGUGAAAAGUUGUGGACUGAAGGUAUAAUCCCUACCAUAUUUCCCGUUCUGAGAGAUGUCUCAGAAACCAAGACAAAACCCAGGCCUAUAAAAACCAAGUGGCUUGCCUGCUCUUGAACAGAUAACCUUGGCUUAUCCCCACAUUGACUCUCCUCUUUCUGAAAAUUAAAAAUGAGAUUAAAAAGUACAGUCUAAGAUGGGAAACAUGAAGAAAGGCAUGUCUCCUGCAGUUUGUAUUGUGGUAAUUUGGCCCUGAGAAAAAUGACCCUCACCUCUGGCCCCACUGGUACACCUAGGGCUUGUUUUGUAUUCAGGAUUGGACGCCUCAUUCCCUUUUAGCCCUUCUGCCUUGCACCUUUUUGGUGUGGCCACCUGUGCCUAAGGUCAUCGCUAAUUUGUUGUCCAGCACACUGAGAUGUUCAUUAUCUACUUUAUUUGUAGCCUUGGCCAAGAUUUGUGGUUUAUUCUGCAGCCAUUCAACAGUGAACAAUCUACUUGCAAAGGGAGCGCUAUUCUAGUUCUGUAAUGUCUGCAAUAUAAAUUGUGUUCCACAACCACCCAAUCAGGCUUGGGGCUGUGUUGCCAGCAGCAAGUAUGCUGACUGAAAACUGUCACAACAGCGAUCAUUACAAUCCGGGAGUUGAGUUUGACUGGAACAUAUGUCUUCAAUUUUAAUAGCUCAGCUUCCCAGAUGCCCUAAAGGAGAAUAUUGCCUGAGAAGGAGCUUUUCAUGAGAAUAUAGCCCUUCUUUCAGAAAACCCACCUACCUGCUUUAAAGAAGUAAUGCUGUGGUAUGACAUUUUGGCCCUUGGCUUCUGGACAAGAUCUGUGGCUAUCUUUUCUAAGAAACUGUCUUCCCCUCCCCCCGAUGUCAUCAAAUACCACUAGGAAACCUGCUUGAGGAUGGGCUCAGCACCUGGCCAGGUUUGAUUGUCCAGAUAUCUUUGAAGUAUCUAGCAGAAUAUGUUGUCCACACUUCCCUGAUGAGAAGGGGUGGACUGUUCCUAUCAUCCCACCUUUGGGAUGCCACUGACAAGGAGCAAAUCAUUCUGAGAUCUAGAGGAAGAGCAUCCCAGGAAGAAGGAACAGAAAUGUUAAGACCUUUUAUUACAACAUCUGUGUGAUUCCAAGAUGGUAAAAGUAGACACCCAAGGGUGACUGGAGCAAGGAAGAAGGAAGAAAACAAACAUUUUUUGAAUACCUGCAAUGGACUAGGUAUGCUACCAUGUGCCAGGAGAUUUACAGGAAAUAUUGUUCAUAUUAUCUAGCAAAGACUGUGAAUGACGUGUAAAUAACCAGUGUUGGAAGAGAUUUUCAUGGGUUCAUAGAUUGUGCCUUGGUGUAUAACUUAGUGUGAAGAUAGUCAAGUAAAGGAACAAAGAGAAAACAAAGCAAUUCGCUUGAAAUCCAGAGACCUUUCCAAUGCCGAAAAAUUCUUUCAAGUAGCAUUUGAAACAGCUUACAAUAAAAACCAGGACAAAGGAAAACACAGCCAAGAACCACUCAAAGUGUAAAAGAAAGAAAGAGGAAAUACUCAAAGAGAGGAAAUGUUAAGUCAAGACGUGCUAGUGUUGGAAAGCUAUACCAUUUGAUAUAAAACAUUGCACAAAGUUUCAAAGUGGUCUUUGCACUUCUUACUGGGACGCAAAAGGCAAUCAGUUCAUUUGAGAAGAAUUUGCAUAGGAAAGCAGUUUUCCUUGUUAUUAUUUCUGAGGUGUUUUAUUGUCACCAGUGCUACAGACACGGUUAAGGACUUAUGCAUUUGUACUAAGUUGUGUGUACGGAGCAACCAGAAGCCUUACCUCAAAUAAAUCCCUGCUUGUCACCUACUUCUGACUGAAUGUGGGAGGCUCCUGACAGUGAUGCACUCUCCCCACAUUCCCUACCUUGAAGCAGCGUAUGCAAACUAUGGUGCACGUGACGAUUGCUGGCAUCGUUGAACAGUUAAAAAACUGAACCUUGAAAGGAGAUUUUCAGUUUACAAGACCAUUGGCUGUGAUAUGAGGAGAAGAUUAGAGAAGAGUACAACUGGAUAGUUGGCUGUGCAUUUGUGUCAGGAGAGUGGAGUUGGUCUGAACUAAGAUGAAAAGUGGAGAGUUAUACAUCAAGAAGGCACGUAUUACCCAAGUUUGGGAAAGGAGAAAGGACUCUCACAAAUUCUGAAGUGGAGGCAAGAGGCAAAAAAAACCACAACAUUUUCAGCUUAUAAUUUUCCAGCUCUAUUAGUCUUCAUUUUAUACUGGCAAAUAGAAGGCCACCUGUAAACCAGGGACAGGGCUAGCUAAGUAAACAGGAAAGCCAGCAUCCUCUGCGUCAGAAACCAAACACACAAGAACCAGUUCUCUGGAUUUCUUUGCUGGAUUUGCAAACAGUGUUCUGUUCGGUUUAACAUGUACUGCAGUCUGAUACACUCGAGGAGAUGGCAGUGAGGAAAAUUUGACGUCAAACCAUCGAAUCAAUCUGAUGUUAAACAGUGACAUCAAUGAAAUAAUGUGGCUCUAUUCCACUAAAAAUUCAUGGGUUACUGGGAGCCCUUCCUGGUGACGGCCGUCGGGAGGAAGAUGGGGAACCAGAAGGUUUUAGCUGCUGGAUACAAAUGUAUGUGCAUAUGUCUUGUAGAAAUUUGCCUGAUGCACCCCCUUGAUGUGGUGAAAACCAGGUUCCAGAUUCAGAAAUGUUCAACUGAUCCAAACAGUUACAAAAGCUUAGGAGACAGCUUUCGGACAAUUUUCCGAACGGAAGGGUUGUUCGGUUUUUACAAGGGAAUUCUACCACCCAUAUUGGCGGAAACACCAAAAAGAGCAGUGAAGUUUUUCACCUUUGAGCAGUAUAAGAAAUUGCUAGGAUGUGUGUCGCUGUCACCAGCAUUGACAUUUGCCAUUGCUGGACUGGGGUCUGGAUUAACAGAAGCCAUCGUGGUUAACCCUUUUGAGGUAGUAAAAGUUGGCUUGCAAGCCAAUCGGAACACAUUUACAGAGCAACCAUCCACUAUGAGCUAUGCAAGACACAUCAUUAAGACGGAAGGCUUGGGACUCCAGGGCCUCAACAAAGGAUUUACAGCAACUUUGGGACGUCAUGGAGUUUUCAACAUGGUUUAUUUUGGCUUCUACUACAAUGUCAAAAACAUUAUUCCUGUCAAUAAGGAUCCAACCUUGGAGUUUUUGAGAAAAUUUGGGAUCGGUCUUCUCUCUGGCACAAUAGCCUCAGUCAUUAACAUCCCUUUUGAUGUUGCCAAAAGUAGGAUUCAAGGGCCUCAGCCAGUUCCUGGAGAGAUCAAGUAUAGAACCUGUUUUAAAACAAUGGCAACCAUCUAUCAGGAAGAAGGGAUUUUAGCUUUAUACAAAGGCCUGCUUCCUAAGAUCAUGAGGCUUGGACCAGGCGGUGCGGUGAUGCUGCUGGUUUAUGAAUAUACCUACUCGUGGCUUCAAGAGAACUGGUGACAGCCUGAGAAGUGUUUUCACCCCUGGAGAUAACGCAUAUUCCCUCCACAGCACCUUGGGGUUAAGCUGAUAGUUACACAUUAUAAUUAUACAAUUAUUAAGGGGGAAACAAUUUAAGAACAAAAUCUAUUUUGAGACUUCAAAAACUAUCUCUAAAUAAUUUGAGAUGGUAGUUAUGGCUAUAUUCAUAAAAUUGUAAGAAGAAGAAUAUGAAGCAAUGAGGUUCUCUGUGAGAGAGAAGUUAUGGCAAGAAAUAUUUACGUGUCACCAGCACAAAGGAG